AUGAAGGGCCUCGGUUUCGUUGCUGUCUAUAUCAUCGCUAUUGGAAUGGCUAAGGUCAAUGCCUGUGCCAGUUACAAAUACUGUGCCUGCUCUGAUAAUGACACCAACAAUGGGUUCGACGACGCUGCGACUCAGUACAACUGCAACGGUAUCAAUGUGGGAGAACUGAGAUGGUUCGAUGACAACAACGGCGUCAGAGGACGCUACUACUGCGAGACAGCAGAUACGUCCAAUUAUCCGUGGGAUAAUUGCAAGUGGAAAAGGCAGUGUAAUAACGGCCAUCCUGAGAACUGUUGGGGCAAGGUGCACUGGUAA